CAGCGCCUCUCUAUUUGAUAGUAUUUAUUUUUCUCCACUGGGAAAGUCAAAAAGUCAUAAAAAGUGUGGUUAGGGUUUUCUCUCUCUCUGUUCUAUCUCUCCCACAGAACACAAAACGUAUCGCCGACGCCUCUCUUCUUAUUCAUAUCUGUCUUUCUCAUUGUCGAGUUUGGUCUAACAUCUGAUUUCUCGUUUCGUAUAGAAUCUGAGAAAGUGGUUAGUGAAUAGACUUUAGAAAGAGUUUGCGAUUGAAUUUUUGUAAGAGAAAUAGUAAUGAUGAAGAAAACGAAGAAAGGGAGAGUAUCGUGGGCAUCAGAUAGUAUGCUUUGUCAGGUAAAGUUGUUUCUUAGUGAUGAUUGUCCCGUUAAAGUUGCAUCGAAUCUUCCACCUGGUUUUGAAGCUACUGAUUAUGCAACGAAGCGAAUCAUCUCACACAUUCCUCGGAUCAAAUGGAAACGCCCACCAUUGUUUGUCCUCGAUGAUGCUUUGCUUGUUGGGAGUGGUGGAAAAAGCAUCGAGACUCGUUCUGAGAAUCUUAGGAUUUCUAAAGUCUUGGAAGCUUUCUAUCCACAUCGCUCUGUGAUCCCUUCUCGUCCUUCGCUCACACUAGCUGUUGAAGAAGAACACUAUGACGACGGCAAAACUCCUAAUAUCCCUCUCACUCACGUUGAAGAUGAACGUGACGCUGCUGCUGAAUCUUCCCACAGUUUCGAAGCUCCUGCAGCUGUUUCUGGACUUGGACCAGAGUUAAGUCUUCUUGCUUCUGCAGCUUUGUCUGCCUUAACUAAGGAACAGGGCUCUCAGGUCGAUCCUGAUUUACUUGUCAAGUUACUCAGUGACCCCAAAAUCGUUGAGAACUUGAUCAAUGGCAUGAAAGGUAAACCACUUGAAACUGCAAAUAACAGUCUAAACACUGACAUCACCGAACCUAGACUUGCUCCUCAACAUGUCACCUCCACAACCAUGGACAGAAACCCACCUCCCAUGCCUGGAAAUGUUGCGCCACAUAAUGUACCUGUUUCGGUUCAGUCCAGUGCUACAGAUCCUCCACUCCCCAAACCCAAUCAGCCCAUGUCCAGUGCUCUCUCAAUGAACCUUACCCUCCAGAAACCCACCCCGGUUGUUCACAACUAUCCAUUGUCUUCUGGGAUCAAAGUUGAGGAUUCUUACACAGCUGCUCCCUUGAAACCAAGCACAGGGGAUGAUGUUGUAGUCUCAGAACAAAAGACCCAACUCCUUUUCCCUUGCAGCUCUUGGAAUAUGAAUAAGGUACCGGAGUCAGCGCGAACUGAAACAGAUCCUCAAAUCCGUAAUGGUAACACAAACCGGGAUGAUCAGGUUUCUGCAAAACCCGUGAAAGAUCUAGACUACUUCAAGAACCUCAUUAGGGAACAUGGGGCAGUCAAACCGGCAACAACUGAAACUAACAAUUACAAAGGAAGAGUUGAUCAUAAGAAAAUCGUAAAGGUUAGGAUUCAGAAACCGUGCAUGUAUUUUAACAGGCCCAAGGGGUGUCGGAUGGGCGAGAGUUGCUUGUAUCUUCACGACAGUUCUAAAAGGUUAUGGACUGAUGUUGCACCUCCUCACUUUCCCAGAGCUAAGAGACUCAAGUUUGGAUCGUAAUACAGCUACGAUAUGACUCAAAAUUUAACACCAAGCAUGUCUGAAAUUAUUGGUAAAUAGCUUCAUCCAAAUUCUGAUAACUUGUUUAACAAGUUUCCCAAAGUUAGUCAGUCAUCCAUGUUUUUUUUUUUUGGGUCCACCCGUUGCCGUAACAUUUCUUUUGGCCAUCUACAAGGUUAUCAUUUUAGUACUUGGACCAAGAGUUUUGAGAAGUUGGUCAAUUUUGUUGCCGGAGAAAAAGACGGAUUAUUACAAUCCAUAAAAUUAGUUAAUGAUAUCACUGGAGUUCAAUUUCUUUUUCUACCAUAAUUUUAAAAAUGUAUUGAAAUUUUUAAAUCUCUGGAAUAACAACACCGAAGAUAUUAAUUCCAUUAAAUAAAAAAGAAAGUGAAAUUAGAAACAAUGAAACAUAACCGCUUAG